UGAGGGCUGGGCCAGGAUGGACUGGAAGUGUGCCCCCAAGCAGCAUUUAUAAACAUGGCCCCACUUCUCUCCUCAGGAUUUUUGUUUACAUACGUCCAUACGUGCGUGUUGUGCUGUGCUGUGACGGUGUCACAACCUCGGAAGACAAACGACUUCCCCGCCAACGCUCGACUUUGGGCUUCUGCGCUUCAAGGGGGAGAACCUUUUGGAUUUGAGGGUCCUCUAAGCUAUUCCUGUUUAGAGCUGUCAAACCAGUUGCUGCCAUUUCACCCCCAAACAUGUACAGCUCCAGCUAUUCCCGGGCCAAGUUUGGCCUGCAGGCAAGGGAGCCUUUGCACAAGCCCAAAGGCAAGAGCUGUGGCUACUACAUGAGGAUCGUGUUCUUCUUCUCCUCACUCAUCCAGUCCCUCAUCAUCGUCAGCCUGGUGCUCUUCCUCAUCUACGGGCAGCCGGAGAAGUCAGCCGAGGAGAUGAGAGUCAAGGAGCUGGAGCUGGGCUUCAACAGACUAAGUGACAACAACAUCGAGCUGAGGAAGGAGAAGGGCGAGCUGAGAGCUCAACUCGGGGCGCGCACGUCGGAGAAAGAUGCUCUGGAGAAACAGCUGGAGCAGCUCAGGAGCGUUGCCAACGCCACAAAGCUUGACCUAAUGACUAAAUUAGCCAAUUAUGAGAGGCAGAUUGUGCAAACACGAAUGAUGACGCGAUGUCCCACUGCUCCCAUACAGCAGCCUAUUGUGGUUACUUCUAGCAAUGAGCUCAAAACCUUGCAGAGCCUCAAUGCGCAGCAGAGAGCCAUGAUUGAGCUCAUUGAGGCCAACUUCAGCCAGACGGUCCGCUACCUGAGUCAGGAGAGGGACAACGCCCUCAAGGAAAGAGACGUCCACCACCAGGACGUCAUCGCUCUCCGCAGAGAAAACAUCAUGCUGAAGGAGCAGCUCACCACCUACACCAGGAAAUGUAAAGAAGACUUUGCUCAUUCUCUGGAUGGGAUCCAAUCGGUGACCAGGGAUUUUCUGAACAAAAUCAACAACCUGUUCCCCCACCAGAUGACCUUUCACCUCACCUGUGAGAGCCAGCAGGAGCAAAUGGAGAAGAUAAGAAACAGCUGCACCAACCUGUCCAGAGACGUGGAGAACAAGUUUCAGUUGUAUUUGGACAACGUGGGCAACAAGGUGGCUCAGAUUCAAGGUAUGUCGAGUCGACUGGAGGUGCAAAACUCGCACUUGAGCGCUGACCUGCAGCGGUGUGAACACAACCGCAGCGACAUACUCGCCGAAGUCAGCAAGCAGCUGCAACUCAAGGAGAAGAACCAUGACGAAGAGAUGACGAAACGGCUGAUUGAGAGUAACCAGCUAAGAGAACAGAAACAAUUCUUGGCAGACAACUUAGCGCUGAGAGAAAACGAGCUGCAGACCCUGAGGGCAUUGCGCAAUUGCAAGGUACAAUACUCUCACUUGACAUGGUUUGUUGUACGCACACACACGUCUGGGGAAGGCAGUGUCCGCAGAUGGUCUCUGAUUAAAUGGCACAUGGUGCAGAGGUGAGACGGACGUGUGUGUACUCAGCAUUCGUGAGGAAUCAUAGCCCAGUAGCAGCAGCAGCAGCAGCAGCAGCAGCAGGAAGGAUGGGCGGCCAAGAUAACAACUCCUGAAAUCUGUCACCUUUCAAGCGCUGUAGUUGAACCCGUCAGUUUGCAUGUCUGUAUGUGAGCGUGUGUGUGUGUGUGUGUGUGCAAUCACAGUAAGCUGCACUCGUAUAUAAAUAGAAUUGAAAUGUUCUGCAGGUUGGUUUGCCACAACCUGCGGGUGGCCUGUCGGUCCAACAGCAGAACAGACAAACCGCUGCCAAGUGACCUGCUAUUAGAGCACCGAGUCUCA